AUGGCUAACUUGAACGGGCUUAACGUCUACUUCGGUCAAGACUCUCUGAAGAAGUACUUCAAUCCUGACGAGCAGCCUCCUUUGCCGCUGGUUGAGCUACCCGAGUAUCUCAACCCUUACUAUCAAGAUGGCGUACGCAUCUAUGCAAAGAUGAUGACGAUGCAUCCUGCAAAUAACGUCAAGGCGAUGCCUGCAAUGAACAUGCUCGAAUCCAACGUCGUUCCCGGCAAAACCAAGACUAUCAUCGAGUACAGUUCCGGCUCGACUGUGAUUUCGAUGUCGAUGAUCGCCCGGGUCAUGCACGGUAUCGGCGAUACGCGCGCCUACCUCAGCAACAAGACCAGCGACGCUAAACUCAAGCUGAUGCAGUUCUUCGGGCUGAAUAUCAGCCUCUUCGGCGGGCCGUCCCAGCCGGAACCCUACGACGAGCGCGGCGGGAUCCAGAGCGCACGACGAAUGGCUACAGAGUCCGACGAGAUCCUGAAUCCUAACCAGUACGAAAACGACAAGAACUGGCAGAGCCAUAUCCGCUGGACCGGGCCGCAGAUCUUCAAGCAGCUGCCCGAGAUCACUGUUCUCUGUGCUGGCAUGGGGACAUCAGGGACCAUGACCGGGCUGGGGACGUACUUCAAACAGGUCAAGCCGACUGUGCUGCGGCUGGGAGUCUGCACGGCACCCGGGGACCGGGUUCCCGGUCCCCGGUCGUUUGCGCUCAUGAAGCCGGUCGAGUUUCCUUGGAAGGAGGCGGUCGAUGUGAUCGAGGAGGUGAAUUCGUACGACUCGUUCUCGCUGUCGCUGGACCUCUGUCGCGAGGGCAUCGUCUGUGGACCCAGUUCAGGCUUCAAUCUGCAGGGUCUCUUCCAAAUGCUCGAGAAGCGGAAGAAAGAAGGCACCCUGUCUGAGCUGGCUGGACCAGACGGUGUGACGCACUGCGUCUUCCUCUGCUGCGAUCUCCCGUAUCAAUACAUUGGCGAGUACUUCAGCCGCCUUGGAGAGGACAAGUUCCACCCGAUCAAGAACGAGAACCUGGCCCGAGUCGACCUCUACCGCUACGACGAAAGCUGGGAGCGGAGCCCGAUCGUCCUGUUCACACACUUUUACUCCUCUCCGACCUCGCACAACCUCAUGGACAAUCUCACCCUCCGCCCCAACACCUGCGUCCUCGAUAUCCGCACCGCACCUGAUUUUGCGCAAUGGCACCUUCCUGGAUCCGUCAAUUACCCUCUUAAGUCCCUCACGAGUCACACCCCGAAACCCUUCUCGAACCCGGCCGUGCUGGAGGCACAAUGGCUGGAGCUCGAGUCACUGUUGAACAAGGAAAGCGUUCUAUCUAAGCUCGGCAACCAGCAUGUUCUGGUGAUUUGCUACCAUGGCGACACUGCCCGCGUUGCGACGAGCGUGCUGAGAGCACAAGGCAUCCAGGCUGAUAGCUUGAGAGGGGGCUAUCAGGCGCUGAGGGACCAGGGGCUUUGGGGAGACGGCGGCGUGGAAGAGAUCGCGAAUCGAAACGGGACUGGAGAAAAGUUACCGCCAGCAGUGUCGGUGGCACCGAUCGAGCUGACGCACUGA